CACUCAACUUCCUCAAAAUACCAACGCAUAUAAACAUACAAAAAUCUCUUUCGUCAAAUUUCCACAGAUUUAAUCUCUUCGAAUCCAUCACACAUUGAUGCGCAGUUAGAAUAAGAGCGAUAAAUUAGGCGUUACUUGUUUUCUUUCUCUAGGAAUUCAAUUAAUCGAUUAACAUAAAUUUUUUUACAGACUCUGAAACGACAUACGAUGACUCAGGCGGCGGCGAGUGUAGGGUUUUCAUCAAUCUAAAAUCCAACAAUUUUGAGGGUAUAGAUUUCCAGUUUCUCAAUUCCAAUCUAGAAAAAUCCGCCUCAGUCUAUAUUUGUAGUCAUUGAUAUACAUAUAUAUACAAGGACUGUUUCUGAUUUUUUUUUGCGUGUUGCGGGAUUGCUCAAACCCUAGGGAUUAUUUUGUGUUCAAUUGCUGGAUGGAAUUUAGGGUAUAGGUUUGAUCAUCUGAGGGAUUGGGGUUAGAUUUAGUGCGUUUUGUUAAUUUACUUGAUGCUGUGAUGGUUGGAUGAUGUUGGCUUGAAUAUUUUUCAGUGUCAAAGCCUUUAUAAGCUGUUACUGAAGCCUUUUCUGCAGUGGAGAGGUGUAUAAGUUUGUUUUUUUCUGACUGAUUGAGUGAAACAGCUCUUGGUUGACUAGAUAUUGGAUAGAGAAAAGGCUGAGUUCCCCGUAUUGUGCGUUUGGGAUUUAAUUGAGUACACCUGUGUCCUUGCAGAUUAAAUUCAUGAUUUUUUGAAUUCCUUGUUGGAAUUCUUGCUGAUGUGUACUGGAGAAGGCAAUUAGGGUAGUUAGGUGGAGAUUAAUCAAAAGGGAAUUUAAGGUGAAGGGAAUUUAUUAGCAUAGAGUUUAGUCCUAACUUUUUGACGAUGGCCUUUUGAUUUUUGUGCGGGAGUUGAAGCCUGGCAUAACUGGCUGUGGGAUCGAAAUUGGAGGUGUAGUCAUUACGUAAGUAAUGUUUAGUGCUAGUUAUGGAAAAAGGUGAACCCACUUUUAUACCAGAAUGGUUGAAAAAUGCAAGUCCAAAUGGUGCCAGCUCGGUAUCAAAUUCAGAUGAUCAAACCUCAUUGAAGAUUGCAAGAAAUAAGUCAUCUGUGAAUAGUAAUGGUCGUGAUUUUGGACGAUCUUUUAGUUCUGACAGAACUACCUCUUCAUAUUUUCGCCGAAGUUCUAGUAGUAAUGGUUCUGGUCAUCUGGGGCCUCAUAGUGGUUUUGGAAAGCAACAUAAUAGGGAUUGGGCGAGGAGUGCAUAUCAUUUUCGUGAUAGAGAAAACUCAAUCAUGGGAGACCGGUGGCGGCGGGACUCAUCAGAUAGAUCAGGAGCCACCUUGUUAAGUACAUAUGAGAGGGAUGGGUUCAGGCGUUCUCAUUCAAUGGUUUCUGGAAACAAUGUAGAUACAUGGCACAGGAAGGCUAUAACUGAUUCAAGCACUAGUUUUGGAACUAAAGCCAAUGGCUUAGUUGAAAAGAGCAGUUCCAUGGCUGGGGUGAAUAAAACAUUUAUUGAAAAAGAUUUCCCAUCAUUGGCUGAAGAAAGAACAGUUGUGCCUGAGGUUGGAAGAGUCCCGUCACCUAGUUUGUGUUCUGCAAUUCAGGGCUUACCUUUAGGCUCCUCAACUGUUGUCAGUGGAGAGAAAUGGACUUCGGCUUUGGCUGAAGUUCCUGUUCUAGUUGGAAGCCAUAGUAAUUGCAUCUCUCCCGUGCGGCAGGAAGCUACACCAAGUUCUACAUUUGUAUCUUUGGGCUCAAGCACCAGUCGCAAUAUGGCAGAAGCAGUAGCUCAGGCUCCUAAUCGUGGUCAAACUACUCCAUCGUUAUCUGUGGAAACUCAGAGACUUGAAGAACUCGCUAUCAAACAAGCUAAACAAUUAAUUCCUGUGAUGCCGUCAACACCUAAAUCUUUGGCCUGGAGUUCUUCAGAUAAACAGAAACAUAAGGUGGUUGGGCCUGUGAAGGGUGAUGUUUUAAAAGCAUCAAAUGCAGGGAAGCUCCACGUUCUCAAGCCAGUGCAUGAAAAGAAUGGCACUGCUCCUGCUACGAAGGAUGCCUUGGGCCCAACAAGAAGUAGCAAACUUGUGAGCUCUACACUUGCUGCUACAGUUGUUUCUGGAUCCACAGUAACUAGGGGCUCAACAAACGACCCAGUCCAUGCCCGCAAGCCUGUAUUUACUGUGCUGGAGAAGAAACCGACUUCCCAAGCUCAGAGCCGAAAUGCAUUUUUCAACUCAGUAAGGAAGAAAUCUGUGGAGGAUUCUUCUUCUACUGCUGAUUCGCCAACAGCAAACACCUCAUCCUUGCAGGAGAUUAGUACUGAAAUUUCACCAUCCCCUUCAGAUAAGUCUGAUAUGGAGGUUAUGAGUGCUAAUGCUUCUCAGGCAGGUGAAACUUCCUUAGAUGUAAGCUCGGGUGGGGGUAAUUUGUCUGAGAUCACAGGUGACAGAGAGGAAAAUGGCGAUACUUGUCAUGUGCACCCUAGCUUGGACCUUAUAUUCCCAGUUGAGAAAGAGACUGCACUCUUACGUUCUUUGGGAUGGGAGGAAAAUGCUGAUGAUGAUGAGGGUGGUCUUACUGAAGAAGAAAUCAGUGCUUUCAUAAAAGAUAUCACCAAGCACAUCAGUUCAAAUCCAUCCUUCAAAAUCUUGAAAGUAACACUGCCAAAAACCUUUCUGUUUAACUCGCAUAUUGGGGGCAUUUCUGCUGGAAUGAGUUCUUCCGACACUAAGCUGGAAUAUUGAGGUGCUGGUUUCUACUUAGAUCUAUGUUUUGUGAAGGGCCCUUUUUCUUUCUUGUUUCGAUUGUGGAAAAGAUAGAAGAUACGGUUCUGGCACCACGAAGGUUUGUAGUUUUGGUGUUUCAUGGAAGCGGGAUAGGAAUAAUCUACUGAUGAUUACUUCUAGUGACCAUUGCUCUUUCAUAAGGUCAACUUAUAUGUUAUUUCUUUUGUUUGGGGAAGAAAAUGAAUCGUCUCCAGUUUAAUACAUUUUCUUCAUUUUCUCA